AUGUAUUCACCUCCGGUGAGCUAUCUGCCGGAGUCACAGUUUCCAACAGGAUCACCAGGUGCAUAUGAGCUACUAAAUCAACAAGGAUGGCCACGUAGAAUAAAUAACCAAAUGAUAAGGGCCAAUCAGAAAGGUGUAAAAACAGGCUUGCAAACUGAGAAUCAAGAUCCCGACUUCUGGCACGCUGAUGGCUGGGAGGAGGCUGCUGGUGUGGUUGCUGUUGCUGCUGUUGAUACAAGGUCCGCAGCCUUUCAAUCUCCCUCUCCAUUGACUAUGAUUUUGUACGAGGUUUUGAGAUUAUAUCCACCAGUAUCUGGGCUAGUUCGACAGAUAAACAAGGAAAUUACAUUGGGAGAUAUGACCUUACUACCAGGAAUGCAAAUUUUAUUGCCGAUAAAUCAAAUUCAUCGUGAUCAGGUUAUUUGGGGCGCUGACGCUAAAGAGUUUAAUCCUGAAAGAUUCUCAGAAGGUAUUUCAAAGGCCACAAAUAAUCAUGUAGCUGCGUUUUUCCCGUUCGGUGCUGGGCCUAGGAUUUGCAUUGGACAAAACUUUGCUUUAGUGGAAGCAAAACUAGCCAUGGCCAUGAUAUUAAGAAAGUUCUCUUUUGAGCUUUCACCAUCCUAUAAGCAUGCACCUGUCAAUAAAAUUACCCUCCAACCAGAAUACGGUGCUAGCUUGAUUUUACACAAGCUUUAA